AUGAAGCUCGCACUCGGUGCACCAAUCUGGCUGACGGCACUCCUUUUAAGUGUGGCCACGUCGGCACAAUUCACUUGCAGUCCCACCCAACCUUGCGAAAUUGGAUGUUGCACAAAGUUUGGCUCCUGUGGCUUAGGCCCAGACUCCUGUGGACCAGAGAACUGCAUAUCCAACUGCGAUCGCAAGUCUGACUGUGAUCCCGGUUGGGGUGCGCAGUGGUCCAACGCUGAGGAAUGUCCCCUAAAAGUUUGCUGCUCAAAAUUCGGAUUCUGCGGGACAACAUCAGACUUUUGUGGAAAUGCCACGGUAACUGCCCCUUCUUGCUCUGGCGGAUCUAGCUCUUCAAAACGGACCAUUGGGUAUUAUGAAGCUUGGAGUGUUACUCGUCCAUGCGACAAGAUGUAUCCAGAAAGCAUUCCAAUUGGCUCGUACACCCAUCUGAACUUUGCUUUUGCUUUCGUCAACCCAACCACAUUUGCUUUAUCACCGAUGAGCGACGCCGACCCUGCUUUGUACAAGCGCUUUACGGCACUUAAAAAUACCAAUCCGGGACUUCAAACCUGGAUUUCGAUUGGCGGGUGGUCCAUGAAUGAUCCAGACCAACCUACUGCUACUACUUUCUCUGACCUUGCUGGGUCGAGUGAUGCACAGUCCAAGUUCUUUGCAUCGGUAUUGUCAUUCUUGGAGACAUACGGCUUCGACGGUGUCGACAUUGAUUGGGAGUAUCCCGUAGCUCCAGAACGCUCUGGAAAGCCCGACGAUUACAAAAACUAUGUCACCUUCCUGCAGAACCUUAGAAAUGCCCUUCAUUCGACGGGGCACAAUUAUGGACUUACGAUCACAAUUCCAUCGUCGUUUUGGUACCUCCAACACUUUGAUAUCGUGAACAUUGAGAAGACGAUCGAUUGGUUCAACCUCAUGUCUUAUGACCUUCACGGUACUUGGGAUUCGACAAACAAAUUUUUGGGACCGUACAUUGCUGCCCACACCAAUCUUACGGAAAUUGAUGAAGCCUUGUCUCUCCUCUGGCGUAACAAAAUUAACCCAGACAACGUCGUACUGGGACUUGGAUUCUAUGGUCGUUCGUUUACCCUCGCUGAUCCUAGCUGUAAUACCCCUGGUUGUGUCUUCACUUCUGGGGGAGAUGCUGGCACAUGUACCCAAUCCGUCGGAACCCUCUCGUUCGCCGAAAUUCAACGCCUUGUCGCAGCAGGCGCCCAUGUCGCGACCGAUACUAAAGCUGCCGUCAAAAUGGUCACAUAUAAUAACAACCAAUGGGUAUCAUAUGACGAUUCUGACACUUUCAAGAUGAAGAUUGACUACGCCAACUCGCACUGUCUCGGUGGGACCAUGGUUUGGGCCUCUUCUACGGAUGACGCGAAGGGCAAUGCCGCCGGUGCUUUGUCCAAGUCAACUGGACGACAAGCUUUAUCGCUUCUAGCAACAAAACAAUCUGACCCCAUUACCUCGUGCCAGCUCGGCGAAUGUGGUAAAUCAUGCCCUGCGGGGUUAAGCCCUGCGCAGCGCAGCGACGGUAAGAAUAGGGGUAACACUGGGACCAACACCGGCUGUUCAGGCGACGAUAUGCGACUGUAUUGCUGCCCAAGCAACGACAUGCCAACUUGCACAUGGCGAGGUGGUGCGCCAUUCUGUAACGGGAAAUGUCAUGAUGGCGAAGUUGAAGUUACAUCAUCUACCACUGGAACUGGCGCGGAAUGUUGGACAGGACAUAAGGUCCUCUGCUGCCUCAAGACGGCUUCGGAUCAGGCUGUAUCGGAGUGCCAUUGGUCUGGAAGCGCGCCUAUUUGUUCUGCUCCAUUCAGCCAGGCUGGAUGCCCUGAUGGUCAAAAGGCCCUCACGAACAGUAAUUAUGGCGCUGGAGGUGAGCAACCGUGUGCGAUUGGUGACAAGUCAUUCUGCUGCGACCAACCUCCUCCAUACGAGAAUUGCGACUGGUAUUACCAUGGUGGAAAAUUCUUGGGUCAGAUUCCAUUUGUCUGUACUGGAACAUGUCCAGCCGGAAAGUCGGUUAUCGCAACCGAUCCUACUGGCUGCUGGAGCGGUUAUGGCGCGUUCUGUUGCGACAACCCUACAACUACAAAUGAUCCUUUAGUCGCUGAUUUCACAAAGCGAAUCCAGGCGUUUUCAUCUGAUGCAACCUGCAAAGUUGGACAGAUACAAUACUCUAGAGAGAUCGAUGAUAUUCUCUCCCGCCUCGACAAGCGGACGACACUGAGCAACGCUGAUAUGGCUCAAACUCUCCAGCAGCUCACGCAGCUCGUUUCUGGAAAUGGUCAAACCUAUCAACAGAACCUAAUGGAAUCUGCCUUUGAUACAAUCUACGGUGCGAGUCAUGGACUGUUUGUUUCGAAUAUAUCCUCAUACUUUGGCGACUGGCCAAAUAUGGAUCAACUUUCGCUAUCGGAGAGCUUGCUUUGCAUGGGGAAUGAUGCAAUCAACUUCUUAGCCGACUAUCAUAGCAGCCGAACCCAAGUUUGCACCAAUUCCUGUAACCUGGUCAGCAGACGAGAUACGAGUGCAUCCGACUUCUGGCAUAGAGGCUUUACCAGCUUUGAGAACAUUGACAAUGUCAGCUCGACAGCAUCGGAGAAGGCUUCCUUACUUUCGAGGAACCUGGGUGACAGUGAACACACAACCAACACAGGGCCCGACGGAGAACCAUCGUGGGGUUUCAUGGUGGAGGCCAUUCUGAACGGUCAAAUGACCAUUGAAUAUGAGCAGAUGAUUCUUGCAACAGGAUCUGGAUCUGAAGAAACCAUCCUUGAAGUCGUCUGGAAUCUACCCUCUGGAAGUGGGGCAGGAGGAAUUAACUCUAAUUUCCAAGACGAAAAUCCUUCCGAUGCACACACUAAUCCGGAUCGUUAUGUCGUUUUCCACUUCCACACCGAUCACAUUAGACAGGCAACGGCUACUCAUGGCGCUGCACCAGGUAUACAUGCCGUCGUCGCUUUCCACGGUCAAUUUAGACGGGGAAAUAACGGACGUGGGCGAGUUGACAAUCAGGAUCCCAAUCGCAAUCGUCGCGCCCGAGUUCUAAACUGUGGUAAUCAAAACGAUCUUUUCUGGUACCCGGGAGACGACAACGACAACGACAACCAUUUGAAUGAGUGGGCAGCGCUUAUGACUCGUUUCGGAAAUUACAUGAUCAACAAUGGAAUCAUGACUCUCGACACCUAUACAGGCUCCACUCGUGGGCAGCUUGUUUUAAAUCCUCCCGAUGACUGUGGACGACAGACAUUCAACUGGGGCGGAUAUCGUCAAAGUAGAAUGUUCCAACCGGGCAAUCCCAAUCAACCAGGUGGAAGUGGAUCCCAAAACCCCAACGGUGAUCCUGGUCAAGAUAACGACGGCGUCUAG